CGCAAGUCAAACUGAACUCCUUUGUCCCUCUUCGCUCUCCGUCCGAUUUAAAAAAAAAAAAAAAAAAAAAAAAAAAAAGGAGCCGAGAGGGUCAUAGGUAUGGCGGCUUUUAGGAUGGGAAAGUUGACAACUAUGCCCGCAGGUCUGAUAUAUGCAUCUGUAAAUGUACAUCUGGCCAAAGAAGAGGAACCCAAAAAGCAGCUAAUAAGACCAGAACAGCUCCCCAUAUAUACUGCACCACCUCUCCAUUCUAAAUAUGUUGAAGAACAGCCUGGUUAUUUACAAAUGGGCUUUGCAUCAAUCCGUACUACAGCUGUUCGUUAUGUUGGCUGGUGCAAGGGUGUUUAUAUCUUUAUGAAGAAUGGGAUAGUGGAUACAGUACAAUUUGGUAAAGAUGCAUAUGUCUAUCUGAAGAAUCCUCCUCAAGAUUUUUUUCCUAAACUGGGAGUGAUUACAGCUUCGGGACUGGCGGGUUUGGUCACAGCAAGGAAAGGUUCUAGGUUUAAGAAGAUUGCUUAUCCACUAGGAUUGGCCUCAUUAGGAGCAACUGUUUGUUAUCCAGCUCAGUCAGUAAUAAUUGCAAAGGUAAGUUCCUUUUACGUGAUAACAGUGUUUGUUUAA